AUGAAACAAGAAUCCUCGGUAGAUUCUCAAUAUCCAAUUGAAAUAAAAAUUGAAAGCCUUGAAUACUCACCUUUCCAAUUUGAACCAUUAUAUACCCAAACCUUUUUUUAUGACCCAAAUUCUGAUUCAGAAAUUUUAAAGAGUGAUAUUAGUUUACAUUCAGUUUUCUCCAAAUUAUUUGCAUCUCUUUUUGUUCUAAUAUCAAAAUUGUUUCAAUAA